AUGUCUUCUCAUAAGACUUACAGGACCAAGCGAUUCCUGGCCAAGAAUCAAAAGCAGAAUCAUCCCAUUCUCCAAUGGAUUUGGACGAAAACUGGUAAUAAAAUCAGGCACAACUCCAAGAGGAGACACUGGAGGAGAACCAAGCUGGGUCUAUAAGG